AUGGCAGCCGUACCCAUCUCUGACUCUCCGGCCCCCUUGAGCCUCGGUUCUGCUUGGUGGAGUCUCAACUCCUUUGUGGAAUCUGCGUUCGAGAGCGCAAUGCUCGGAGAGUGGGAAGAUGCGGCAGAUCUGUACAACCGCUUCGAGGAAGUCCGGGUCGCCACGAUCAUCCGGACUGGUGACACCUUGCUGCACUUGGCCGUGUCGAGCCGAGUGGAAGGCAACGUGAAGCUGCUCACGGGCCGUAUCCCCAGAUAUCGCAGCAGAAAAAUCCUGGGGAUGGGGAACAAGAGCGGCGACACGCCACUGCACCUGGCUGCCGCCCUCGGGAUGAGGAAGGCGUGCUUGGACAUGGCCAGGCGGUGCCCCGAGCUGUUGACCCAGGUUCGCAAUGAGCACGGUGAGACGCCCCUCUUUAAGGCCGCGCGCCACGGCCAGAGGGAAACCUUCCGCGCCAUGCAACGUGCCGCCCUCGCCGCAGGUAGCAGCCUCUUCGACCUAGGCUGCUGCCGGAAAUCUGGCGGCGACACCGUCCUCCACGUUGCCUUGCUCGAGGAGCACUAUGGUACGUAA